ACUGGCUGGCUAAGCCACAAAGACAACAUGAUUUUUAUGCCCAGUCAGACGUAUAGUAUUAUCUUCCUUUGACUAAACCCUCACCCUCUUCUUGACAAAGUCAAUCCCCUCCUGAUUCAGACCGUUUCUUUAAACGCACUAUUCUUCUAUUCCUCUCCAAACAUCAGAUAGAAAACGCAAACUAACAUCUGUAUAUUUAUAGUAACUUAUAUCGACAUACAUAUCGAUCUUAAGCAAUGGAAAAGCCAGUGAAGCCAUCAAAGGCAAAGAUGAUUUUGAAGUUCCUGCCAAAAUCGGCUGCCAUCUCGUUCCAAAGCUUGCCAUUCAGCCCAGGCAGAGAUAAAAGACCCGCGGCGGCGGCGGAUAUCAAAACCCAUUGCAACAAAGGAUUCUCAGGUCCGAUCAUAUCCAUUAUUCCGGCCGAGGCUCGAAGAAAAUCAGGUAUGGAUACCCAAGAACCAAGCUCGCCCAAAGUUUCAUGCAUUGGUCAAAUCAAGCACAAGAAGAAGAUGGCCAAACAGAAGAGGCAGCAGCCACGUGUAGACCCUCUGCCUACUAAGAAAGACUAUGCCAGGUCUCUUACAACGUCCUUUCAGGAGAUAUCGUCUUCGUCGGCGGCUAUUGGGAAAAUAUUUCAUGGGAGAAGAUCUGAUGCUACGGCCGACAGCUCUAGGCUCCGUGUCUGCGAGGACGCGCCGAGUCUGGGUCAGAUGAAGCGCUUUGCAAGCGGUCGAGAAACACUGUCGGAUUUCAAUUGGACUACGGCAUCCACGGCGACGGCGCAGGUGGUGCCUCACGGUCGGAAAUAUUGUUUAGAUAAUGAUAGUGAUGAUGAAUAUGAAGAGAUUAGUAUUCCUUUCUCCGCUCCAAUGUUUGGUGGACAUGGAUCAACAACGUUGCCUUUGGAACCAAGGAAGGAAAUUAAUCUGUGGAAAAGGAGGACCAUGGCUCAACCUAAGCCUCUUCAAUUAAACGCCGUGAUUAGAUCAAAAUGAAACACAUUGAGUAAUCUUCAGAGAAGUAAUUUCUUAUACUCCGUAAUUAAAUUUAUAUUUUCUUUAUAAUUC